AUGUUGAUGGCCACCAGCACGCUGCCAACCACAAGCCACGCAGAACAACCCCUCCUCUUCAUCGUCGUCGUUGGCUUCCACACACUUCGUUUCUCCUUGAAGAUGAAGGUGUCUGUUGUCCUGGCCCUAGUGCUUGGGGCAUCGCUGGCCGUGGUGUCCAGCGGCCUGAACCUGGACCGCUGCACGGACAUGCUGAUGGAUGGCCAGCUGCCCACUGCUGCCCAGUACGUCAACGCAACGCACGCCCUCGAGGUCGUGCCGUUCCACAACAUUGCCCACGUCCACCCCAAGAUUCUCAAGUCCCUGGAGCACACGGUGCUGUACAUGUGUGCCGCUGACGAUGCCGCCUCCAGCGGCGACGUGGAGCACAUUGACAUUGUGCGCCUGGAGAAGGCCGUCCUCAACCGCACCAUCCAGAUCACCACUGCCGUGUCCACCACGCGCCAGCGCUCUGCGCACGACGACACCUUCUUCCGUGGCCUGCUCAACGCGCUCGCGGAUGGGCAGACGGACGUGAACAGCAUCAUCAAUGAGGUGACCGGUGGCUGGUGGAACUGCGUGCGCAACGCCGUGUCCACGGCCCGUGACCUCUACCGCCUCUUCACCGCCGGCGCCGGCACCAUGCUCGACGUCAUCCACAACCUGGCCAGCACCAUUGUCAACUGCAUCUCCGCGGCCACCAACAACUCCCCGAUUGGCUGGGUCCGCCGCGUGUGGCAGGCCGCCCGCCUUGUCCUUCGCGCGUCCUCCAUUGCCCGCAACUGCGGCGGCCUGUGGAACACGUACCGCCAGCACGGCUUCAACAGCUUCGAGAUGGGCCAGGGCGUUGGCCGCUGCAUCAACACGCUGUCCCGCCGCCGCCGCGAGAUUGCCGCCCAGCCACCCGCCUCCUGGCACUGCGACCCGGCCUUCUACGGCUCCCACGACGGCUGCGACGUCGGCUGCGGCGCCUUUGAUCCCGACUGCAGCGACGCCGCCGAGGACAUCCACUACGACCUCGACCAGCACAUCGACUACGUGCCUUCCAACAUCACCUGGGAGUGCCCCGCCACCUUCUACAACGGCAGCGACGGCUGCGACCUCGGCUGCGGCGCCUGGGAUCCCGACUGCGGCCCGGAGGGCUCCCAGAUUGACCCGUCCACUGCCCAGGAGUGGCAGCCGCGUUUCGCCAUGGCCGUUGCUGCGGAGAACACCUACACCGCCGUGCUGGAGGAGGGCUCCAAGGACGCAUCGGGCGCCUCCAGCCACGACGGCCACGUCCUCAGCACCACCAGCAUCGGCCUCAUUGUUGCCGGCACCGCGCUCGUGACCAUGUGCGUGUGCGUCGCCGUGUUUGUUGGCAUGUCGCGCCGCGAGCGUGCCAAGCGCGGCCGCCUUGCCCAGAAGCUGGUCAACGACGACGGCGAUGCUGCCGCCGCCACCAACGACGAAGCGUACAGCCUCCACUAA